AUGAAUAGAAACUUGAAAUUAGGUAACAAUAAUAAAUUUAGUGUAGGUGAAAAUGAGAAUCUAUCAAAAAUUAAAUUAGCUCGUUUUUCAGACACUGCCACAAGAUUCUUUACAUAUGUUGAUGACAUGAAUUAGAUUUAUAUAAAUAAGAUAGAAAAUUCAAAAAAUUUUUUAGAUGUUAAAUUAUUCAACCCAUUUUAACAGUACUUUGUUUAAAGUUAGAAUGAAAUUUCAAGCAUCAUAUUUAGCAGUUCUGAAAAUGAAAUCAUUAAUGGAUCAAGUAAAGGAAUUAUUACAUUUUUGGAUAUCUCAACUUAAAAGAGUAUGAUUGAUUCCUAUAAAUUUAGUUUAAUCUAAUAUAAAAGGUCAUUUAUCUUCAAUAACAGCCUUAGCUAUAUUUCCAAAUCAAGAAAAUAUUAUUUUAAGUGGUGCAAUGGAUAGUUAAGUAAAACUAUGGGAUUCAAGGUCUAAAAUAGCUGGAUUUACAUUAAGAGCACAUACUUUAUCAAUUAGUGCAUUGGUUGUGUCUCCAGAUGGUAAAUUAUUAGCAUCUGGUUCAAAUGACGGAAGUGUGAAAAUUUGGGAUAUUCAUUAAUAAAAAUUGAUGGCUACUUUUAACGAAUCUGAUUCUUNUAUCACUCAUUUUUUGUCUUAUUUAUUGCAUCUUAAAUUCUAAUUAAAGGAUUUAGUAAUCAUCAUAUAUUUUAUUAAUGAUAAUCUAAUUAAUCUCUUCUAUUGA